AUGUCCUCUGUCAAUGUCACUGCCUCCUACCCCUCUACUUUCCUUCUCCUGGGUAUACCUGGUCUGGAAGCUUUCCAUGUUGGGAUUGCCUUCCCUUUCUUUGUGGUUUAUUUAGUGGCACUUGUGGGAAAUGUCACAAUUCUGUUUGUGAUCAAGACUGAGCAGAGCCUUCACCAACCCAUGUUCUACUUCCUGGCACUUCUGUCCUUUAUAGACUUAGGGCUCUCCACUUCUACCAUCCCCAAGAUGUUGGGCAUCUUCUGGUUCAAUUUUGGGGAGAUAAGUUUUGAAGGCUGCCUUAUCCAAAUGUUCUUUAUCCACACUUACACUGGGAUGGAAUCUGUUGUACUGUUGGCCAUGGCAAUUGACCGAUUUGUUGCCAUCUGUUACCCGCUGAGAUAUACCACAAUUCUUACCAAUAAAGUGGUGGCUAUCAUGGCCUCUGUUGUCGUGGGAAGGCCUGUCAUCCUUGUUAUCCCCUUCUGUCCUCUUCUCAAGAGACUGCCCUUCUGUGGACACUACAUUAUCCCUCAUACCUACUGUGAACAUAUGGGGAUUGCCCGUCUUGCUUGUGCUAAUAUAAGAGUCAACAUCAUCUACGGGUUAUUCACUAUCGCUGCCCUCAUCUUUGACUUGAUCCUUAUUGCACUCUCCUAUGUUCAGAUCCUACGGGCCGUUUUCCGCCUUCCUUCCAAAGAUGCCAGACUCAAAGCACUUAGCACAUGUGGGUCACAUGUUUGUGUCAUCUUAGCCUUUUAUACACCAGCAUUUUUCUCCUUUAUGACUCACCGCUUUGGUAGAAAUGUCCCUCGCUACAUUCACAUUCUUCUUGCCAACUUAUAUGUAGUUGUUCCUCCUUGCUUAAAUCCAGUUAUUUAUGGUGUUAGGACAAAACAAAUUCGGGACCGAGUUGCAAGGAUGUUAUAUUUAGAUAAAGUCUGA